CGGUGGGCGUGAUACAGUUGUGUGGGAAAGAGGAAAAGCCGCUCAAUAAAGAUACCGUCCUUGACCACGCAGGUAUUCGUGGCUUCUUCUCCAAACUCUUCAGUCUCCAUGGCAACAAGGAGGCAGCGAACCUCCGCCUCGACUUCUUGGCAUGUAACGCCGCUCAGGGACAAGAUGGCGGACAGGGCAUCGUCAAGGAGCUGGAGGCUCUGCUGGGGGUGUCGGUUGGUUUGUCUCGAGACAUUGUCGGAGCAGAGCUGGUCAAAGACCCGUCCUCAAAAAGUACGGUUGGGGAGCUCUACUUCCGUCUUGAGUGUCUCCGUGGAUGGAGUGGACAUUACCAGCAGUCGAUGGCCGGCUUUGAGAAGAUCAGAACCGUUGGGAAAGGGGCAUAUGGUGCGGCCGUCCUCUACCGGAAACGUGACGACGACUCCCUGGUCAUUCUCAAAGAAAUCAACAUGCACGACUUGAAUGCAGCAGAGAGACAACUUGCUCUUAACGAGGUGAAAGUUCUCGCCGUCUUAGACCACCCGAACAUCAUCAGUUAUUACGAUAGUUUUGAAGAAGACGGCGUCCUGAUGAUUGAAAUGGAGUAUGCAAAUGGAGGGACGCUAGCUCAAUACCUCUCUCAUAGGGACGCUCCACUGGACGAGAAGGAAAUACUAGAAAUCUUCCAACAGAUGGUGGCAGCCAUUCGUCACAUUCACGAACAUAACAUACUACACAGGGAUAUGAAAACGGCCAACAUCUUCCUGACAAAAGAGGGCGUUGUUAAAGUCGGCGACUUUGGAAUCUCAAAGAUAAUGUCAACUGCUGAUAAAGGAGCGAAUACAGUGCUGGGAACGCCUUAUUAUAUCAGCCCCGAAAUGUGCGAAGGCAAGGAGUACAAUGAUAAGUCAGACAUCUGGGCACUCGGCUGCAUUCUGUAUGAAAUGGCUUGUUUACAGAAGACGUUCGAGGGAUCAAAUCUGCCCGCCUUGGUCAAUAAAAUUAUGAAGGGCCAGUUCGCCCCAGUGAAAGGAAACUAUUCAGAAGAUUUCAAAAACCUGAUAAAGGACAUGUUAGAACAUGAGCCUGAAUACCGACCGUCUGCCAAUGAGCUCAUGUAUCGACGGUUACCAGAGAAAAUGUCUACGGCUCCUCAACAAAGGAAGAUUUAUAAGUUCACUAUGGUGAAGGAUGUAGCGCUUCUAAAAGAGAUUGUAGCCAUCAACCCUUUCUCUGAACCGUCAAAGUGGAAAGAAGUGCUUCAGAACUUUAAUUUUUAUUUCACCGGGGAGGGACAAGAAAAAAAGGAUGCAACUGAAAGAGGCAUUGUCGAUCGAUUUGCUGUUCUCCUCACAAAAUUCAAGAAGGAUGAACUUACAUCUGUCAGAGUGAAACUGUCGAGGAGGAGGAAGCAGGUGAAAACCUGAUAUUAGUCAUAAUCAGAGGCAGGCUGCAUCUGAAAGACCUCGUCCCCAAUCACGACCUCGCAUCCGACUUCAACUUCAUCGAAGUCGAAGAUCAAGAAGUGAUACCAGAA